GACCGUAGGGGGGCGAUGUUCCAGACUAAUGUCACCGUCAGGUCCAUUACCCGGAAGCAACGUCACCAAAAGAGCUCUAGCAUCACGCUUCCAACAUGGCGGUGAAUCUCACAACCCUCUCUCUGACUCAGUUAGAGGCACUGAAAUCCCAACUAGACCGGGAUAUCGAGUUCUUGACGUGUUCAAUAGGCCAGUUCAAAGUUGUCCAGACCAAGUACGUUGAAGCAAAAGAUAGUUUGAAUGUCCUGAACAAAAACAAUAAAGGAAAGGAACUGCUUGUGCCUCUUACCAGUUCUAUGUAUGUGCCUGGGACAUUAAGUGACGUGGAACACGUUUUAGUGAAUGUGGGAACUGGAUACUAUGUUGAAAAGAAUGUGGAAGACUCAAAGGCAUUCUUCAAGCGCAAAAUAGACUUCCUCACAAAGCAGAUAGAGAAAAUUCAGCCCACCCUUCAAGAAAAACAUGGCAUGAAACAAGCUGUGGUUGAAGUAAUGAAUGUGAAGAUCCAGCAGUUACAGCCAGGCCAACAAGGAUCGCAGAUGGUUGGGACCACCAAGGCCCAAUGAGAACAACAGAUUGAACACCACAUGAUUGGGGGCAUUUUUUUAAGUUUCAUCUGAUGUUGUUGGACAAGAAUCUGAAGUGCACUGACCUUGUUGUAAGUAGGCUCUGUUGAUGGAAAAGAAAUCAUGUGUACUUGGUCAGUUUUAACCAAAUUAAAUGGGUGUCCAGUUAGUUUGAUUAUUAAAAAGGUCACUGUGGAGUCACGGAACAAUAAAGUGUUUUUCAUUGUUGAGUCUUCA